UCUCGCUCUGAGCCAAUGCUGUGGUUUCCGCUCUAAUGGCUCCUAAUCGAUUCUGCUUUCUCUUUUCUACUUCGGAUUAUCUCUAGCAGCAGAAAAUAUAAGUGCUGUAACAUUCAAUAACUUCUCUUCUCUUCUCUCUUCUUCUUCUUCUUCUUCUUCUUCUUCUUCUUUGUUUCUGAAAUCGCUUUUUCGAAUUUUCUCAAUCCAUACAUGGCCGGAGUCGCCGGUCUGUGCUUCACUCCACCCUCCAAGCUGACCUGCGUUCCUGCUGGUUGUCCGCUGGGGAAAUCCUUAUUUAAGCCGCCCUCUCGUCUCCGUUUAUGUAAAGUUCCCCGAGGAGGAUGGCUAGUGGCGCGGUUCGGCAGCGGCGGUUAUAAGCCCAGGCCUGCUGGCGUCCCCAGGAGGAGUUCAGGAAAAUCCCGCUUCGUGGAUUCCGAUUAUGAUCAGGCCCUCGAUCUUGACAGGAUUCAGUCACCUUCUGUAAGGCUAUUAGAUGAGCAGCAGAAUAUGGUUGGCAUAGUUUCAAAAGGUGAAGCAAUUCGUAUAGCUGAGGAUGCUGAGCUUAUAUUGGCAAUACUAUCCUCUGAUGCAGAUCCUCCAGUGCUCAGACUGUUUGAAAGUCCUGACUACAAAAAACACAAGUAUGAACAGCUAAAGAAGAAAAGAGUGCAGAUGAAAAGAUCUGCUGCAAACCGUAUGGAUACCAAAGAACUCAAAAUGGGGUACAACAUUGAUUCCCAUGAUUAUUCUGUAAGGCUGAAGGCUGCACAGAAGUUCCUGAAGGAUGGAGAUAAGGUUAAAGUCAUUGUAAAUCUGAAAGGCAGAGAAAAUGAAUUUAAGAACAUUGCUAUCGAGCUAAUUAAGCGCUUUCAGAAUGAUGUUGGAGAGCUUGCAACUGAGGAGAGCAAAAGCUUCAGCGAGAGGAACAUAUAUUUGAUUCUAACGCCCAAUAAAGCAGCACUACAGAAAGUUCAGGAACAGCCAAAGAAGGAAACAUCUGCUGCUGCUGAAGUUUCAGCUAGUGUGUGAUUCUCCCUGUAAAUUUCGAUGGCCGCACUGAUAUAUUUUUAGGCAAUCUGCAUGUGUAGUUAAUUGACUCGUAUUUUAGUUCAAAAAAUGUAAAUUAAUUCCCUUUCGUACAUAUCCUGCUUUGUGGCAUUGUCUUAUUUUUUCUUUUGGUUUGCUACUUAAUAUGUCCGACCGCACAUAAUAGGAUAAAGACUUGUUGAAACUCAAUGUGAUUGUUUCUUUUUCCUUUUGACAGAGAUGCUAAUUGCAUCCAAAUAAGGGCUCUUGAUUUGGUCA